AAGCUGAUGGGUGCUGAUUGUCUCCAGCUUUUUAGAUCCAGAUAUAUAUUGGGUAACUUCAUAGGUUUUCAAAGGAACAGUCUUCUGAGCAAAUCUGAAAACUCUCUAAACUCCAUAGCAAAGGAGACAGAAGAAGGAAGAGAGAAGGUAACAAGGAAAGAAGGAUGGAAGAAAGGGCAUGAGGACAAUUAUUUGGAAAUGGCACAGAGGCAUUUACAGAGAUCAUUAUAUCCUUGGGUCCUUUACCUUCCUCAGCCCUACGCAGAACAUUCCAAGGUGAUUCUAAAUGGCACUUUGCACUGUCAUUUUAAAAGAAUUUCUCAGAUAUUUGCUGGGCACUUUAUGGAAGGAGACACUGAGGUAACGAUGCUCAUUUUGUAUAAAGCAGGCCUUUAUGUCAGAAGCUGA